AUGCCCAAAAGAAAACAAGUAUUCAACAAUCGCGGUGACAAUGAGGUGUUCAAAGAUGAAUGGGAAGAUGUGGUUUUGGCGCCAAAAGUCGAAUUACUACAGCACGUCGGGAUAAAUAUGGACGAGUUACCCAAAAAAGUUUAUGAAUUUGUUAAAUUGAGUCCGCAUGAUAUUAAACUAUUGAACGAAAAGUAUGAAUUUUUUGGUUAUAGGGACGGAAGGGCAUUUCUCCCACCUCCACGGGAUCCAGCUACCAUUAUGCUGUUCAACAAGGAACCAUUCCAAGUUUCGCAAUACACAUCAUAUCCAAUUCAUGCAAAAGUAACCGAGAAAGUGGGCUACAUCUUGAAUGUCGGUAUAUCGGUAUGGGCAUUAGAAUGGGUUCCACGUGUAUCUUCAGAAAAUGAUCAAUAUCUGGCCAUAGCAGGUUACAAAUCCAAUGUCAACGAACAUCACCCCAUUGGACGUAAACAAAAAUCUGAUAUGAGUAAUUCGAUACAAUUAUGGAAGACAGAUUGCAGAAUUGAUGAUUUUAGUACAGGUGGAUACGCUGAGCCUAGACUGGAUAUGAUCAUAUGUCAUGAUUAUGGUUGCGUGUUUGAUAUGCAGUGGUGUCCGUAUGGCGCAAACGACGAUGAAGACCUGGUCACAACGGACGAAGAUCAAGUUCAGGGACAGAAAAUCAGCAUCCCAAAAUUAGGGAUUCUUGCUGUGUGCUUUGGAAAUGGAUCAAUUGGAUUGUUUGCCAUACCUAAACCUGAUUCAGUAAGAAGACAUUUUGGGAUACGUUCAGAUUUAGCGGAUCCUAUUUUUGUGAAGUUUAAAGAACCAAUCUAUGAACUUUCCUUACCACAAGGAAUGUGUUGGACUGUUAGUUGGGGCGGACACACAAAGAUUUCUACCGGAUGUACUAACGGUGACAUCGCGACAUGGAACAUAUUCGAGAUUUUAACGCAAAAAUUUACCAAUGAUGUAUUUAAUAAUUUAGAAGGUUUGUCAAUUUCACGAUUUGAAUUUUCAUAUUUUCUGACUUUACACGCGUCAUUUCAUUUAAAGUUACUUUCACUGAAUCUUGUGUCUAAUUCCUCAAAAGAAUUUUAUCCUUUCACAAUACAAUUGACCAACCCAAUCAACUAUUUUAGAGCGCACGAUUCAUGCAUCCGUCAGAUCGUGUGGAACUCACCAGUGAACCCUAGUCACACGCUAAGCUGCGGUCAUGAUGGUCGACUGCAGAUUAUUGAUGAUCGGGACCCAAUGUUUAAGAAUAUGUUUCAAAGAAUUCGAGCAUUUAUGAUGUCUGCAUGUUGGCCAUGUCAUUAUGGUGGCAUCGCAUAUGCAGAUUCUGAUAAUACUGUACGAUAUAUUCGUAUGGAAGACUUGAAAAAAACUACUGGACUGAUCAUGCAUCAUGCGAAUGUUUGGAGAAUUGCAGCUUCAUAUUAUCACCCGUUCAUGGCAAGCUGUUCGGCGGAUGGAUCGGUGAAAAUAGCAAAUAUUUGUCGAUUGAGAGAUAGACAUCAGAAACCAAUUCAAGUAACAUUAUAUCGUAUGUAUUUUGAUGAAGAUAAAGUUACAAUUUGCUAUCAACAUAACAUCAAAUCAAAGGAAACCACAAUCACCUAUCAUGUCCCCGAAUCAUUUGGUCAUUUUUACCGUCCCGAAGUUUCUAUACAACGGCUGACAUGGAAUCCGAACAUUAGCGCUGGUACGUGGCUGGCUUCAGGUGGCUCAUUUGGAUUAGUUAGAGUUGAAUCUGUACACCAUGAUUAG